CGUGGUCUCCGGGUCUCCCGACAGCUCUACUACAAAGAUGGUCAACGUACCCAAAACCAGAAGGACUUUCUGUAAGAAAUGUGGCAAGCAUCAGCCUCACAAAGUGACCCAGUACAAGAAGGGCAAAGAUUCUCUGUAUGCCCAAGGGAAGAGGCGCUAUGAUCGGAAGCAAAGCGGCUAUGGUGGGCAGACCAAGCCAAUAUUCCGAAAGAAGGCUAAAACCACCAAGGAGAUUGUGCUGAGCCUUGAAUGUGUUGAGCCUAACUGCAGAUCCAAGAGGAUGCUGACCAUCAAGAGAUGCAAACAUUUUGAACUGGGAGGAGAUAAGAAGAGAAAGGGCCAAGUGAUCCAGUUCUAAACUUUGG